AUGGCCGCCGAUCCAACCCCAAGCAAAGCUGCUCUCUCCCUGCUCGACAACAUCGCUUCCCUCAGCACCGGUUUCAAAAAUGGUGCAACCGGCGCAAGAGAAGGCUUACUAGACGCAUGCCGUAGCCUCAUCGCAGAAGUCAGCCACCCAUCCGAAAACAUGCUGGACAUACUCUGGGCCCAACCCACCCACCUAACCACGCUCUGGCUAGCCGUCGAAGUCAAGCUCUUCCAAGCCAUGCACUCGGUCCCAGAAACCGGAGCCAGCAGCCUCUCCAUCGCAAAGUCCUGCUCCAAAAACUGCUCCAAAAACAUCGACCCCGUCAUCGUCGCACGCAUGCUGCGACACCUCGCCGCCAUGGGCACAGUCCGCGAGACCGGCCCUGAUAUUUUCGCUAAUACACCUACGUCUAGUGCUUUCGCAGAGCAAGCAUACCAAGACUCUAUUUUAUUCAUCGCAGAGGACUUCCAGCCUGUGCACCACUCCAUGAAAUCUUAUUUCGAAGCCAGGGACUGGAAGUGUCCGGACUCUGGUCUUGAUGCGCCGUUCCAGCAUACGUAUGGUUGUAAGGGGAGUCAUUACUUUGAGUACAUGCAGCAACGGAAUCCUGAGAUGGGGAGGAGAUUCUGA